AUGUCGAGGAUUGAUUGUGUGGAUGAUGAGCCUGAAGGUCGCUUCUGGCUAUCCUAUGGCUCCGGCUUCGGGGCAAAGGUCUUCGGGUACCCCUCCAAGGGUGGUGUCUAUAUCUUGCGGGUCGGUUUUGGUAUUGAGCUGGACUUUCUUGGGCUCGACCGGUUUAAUAACACCGAACGCCCAUCCAAGUUAGAUCCCGAUUGGCAAGCGAAAGAGGACGCACACUGCGAUAUGAUGCGUCGCCUCGGGGCAACCUGGUGGCGAAGAGAAUCCGAUGAAUUUUUGAAGCAUGGACUGGAGCCCCCGAAGCCUACGGAUGGCUAUCUCCGAGUGGGCUGGCCGGCUGCAGGUGGUGUAUGGGUAUUACAUACGACAUUGGGUAACGCAGGGGGGAUAGGGGCAGCGCGGAUCCUUAACGCCCGUGAUAUGGAGGAACGGUGCAGGUGGAUCGAAAAGCUAGGAGGUGUCUUCUACGCUGACCCCAAGGACUGCCCCCAUCUUGAUCUUCCUUAA